UCCGGGACUCGAGCGGCGCAUUCUGCCUUCAACAUCCCCAACAGCAGCGGCCUCUAUGGCUCCCAGGACUCGGUCAGCAGCACUCCCGAGGAAGGGGGGCGGGAACGAGCUGCGGCGGGUGGCGGCGCAGGAGGACCCGGCGGGAGCAGCGGAGGACCCCGGCUGGUUAUCGGUUCGUUGCCCGCGCACCUUUCGCCUCAUCUUUUCGGAGGAUUCAAAUGCCCAGUUUGUUCCAAGUUUGUUUCUUCAGAGGAAAUGGAUUUACAUCUUGUAAUGUGCUUGACAAAACCAAGGAUAACUUAUAAUGAGGAUGUACUGAGUAAAGAUGCUGGGGAAUGUGCAAUAUGCUUGGAGGAACUGCAGCAAGGGGAUACAAUAGCACGAUUGCCUUGUUUAUGCAUAUAUCAUAAAGGGUGCAUAGAUGAAUGGUUUGAAGUAAAUAGAUCUUGUCCUGAGCAUCCUUCAGAUUAAUGGCCAAGUUUGCUGUUUUUAAAGUCUCUUACACUGCUCAUCAGAAGUAAUGGAUGUGGAGUUCCAUUGUUAGAACUUAAUCUGAAAGUGAACUUGUAUUCGUUUUGAAGUGGGAAAGAAAAGAGAUGGAACAAGCAUGGGACAAAUGAUGCAAAGUGAGAUCCUCAGUGUACCAAAUGCUCACCUAAAGGCAACACAGGGAUUUUGAAAAUGCUGCACAUCCUGGAAAAAUUCUCUCCCACAGACUUCAUAGAUACUUCUUUUGUAUUUACAGGCCAAAGUUACUUUCAGUUUUUUUUAAAGCAGUGUACAGAAACAGAAUGUUCUGACAUAAUUCCUUGAACAGAAGCUGUGUGCUCUACAUCAGUCUGGAACAUUAUACAAGGAAGAUGCCAUUUUUGAGCUGGAAUCCCCUAUUCCUUUAUCCCACGGUAAAGGAGAAGACAUACUAUGAAGUACAGUAAACUUACUCUUGAGAUUCCUCAUCCAAUAUGCUGUUCACAUUUUUUCUGGAAAUAAUGCAACGUUCUCUUGACAUAGGAAAUUUUGUAAGUAAAGCUUUGUCACAGUGCAGCCCAAAGAGCAAAAUGUAAUCAAGGCUGAUUCUGAAUUAAUAUUGUUGAUCCAGCUAGAGUUAUUGAAAUCCACAAAAACUGUGCUCAUUUCUGUAUAAUAUUCUAAAAUCCACUUUUUCUGCUUGUGAAUAUCAGUGCAGCAACAGCAAAAAUUUUUUUAAAAGUGCAUAAUCUAUAGCAGCUAUGCAAUAUUUUUUUUAAAAAAAUUAUAGAGACAUGACAAAUACCAUCUUUCAGAGUGCUGCCACUUGAGCUAAUUUAACGGGUAUUAUAUUUUUAAUGAUUCUGGUAGUUAUUUUGUUGUACUACUACAGUCUCCAGGCCACCCUUCCUUAGGUUCAGUAGUCACAAAGAUAGGCAAAAUGAAAUGUUUCAUUGGGAUGGCAUCUGGCCUUUUUUAUUUUUUUGACUUUUUUAUUGGAGAUUACUGUAUCUCAAUGGCCGGUCAUAGCAGAUUGUAGUAAUUUGCAUCAGUGUCAUUGAUAUAGUAGCUGUAAUCCUAUACCCAGUUGUAUAUACUUCUUGUCUGAUAUAAACAGGAUUACGUAUAUAUACUUCUGUGUAUACGAUUAACAAUAUUGCCUGUAUUCUUGAAUCUAUAAUGCUUUACUACACAAUUGUGGCUUACCAUAAACUGUAAAAUGAACUUUCUUGGAUAGGGUAGAGAAGAACCUCACCAAAUAAAAUUGUGAGUUGUUAAUAAUAUAUUUGGGGAUCUGUUUUGGAAGCAAUUAAAGUAUCUUGUGAAGUUUGUGAUAACAUGAAAAAGUAUUUAAUAAAGGUGAUGGAAACUUAAUAUGAAACUUAAAAUGAGAAAAAUAAGAUGUGUAUCAGGUUAUUUCAUUAUAUUUAUGUAUUCUGUUCUCUAAGAUCAUUUUACAAAGCAACUUCUGUUAAGUUCUCUUAUUGUAUUAACUGCUGCUAUUACAUUGUGCAUAGUUCAUAUGCAUAUAGACAUACUUGGUACAUUGCUGUACAUUCACAAUUGUUAAAAAUCUCAGACCAAAUAUACAAUCCACUGAUAAUGUCUUGUGCAGUGUACGUAUGUAUUCAAUGCUAUAGCCAGCAAACAUCAUCAUCUUCAGGAAGAAAAAAAUUACUGUACUUUCCUUAUCUUGUUUAAUAUUACAUAGUGGUCAGAAUUUGUUCAGCAAGCAUGAAAUUCCCAAACCAUAUUUGCUUCCACUGUGCAAAAUAGCCAGGGAAGGGGCAUUUACAGGAAGGAAGUCAUGAGGGACAAGUGGCGAGAACUUGAGUCUUUUCCCAUUUACUGGUUUUUCUCUAAAGGAUUUGUUUCAUUUUCCAGCACUAAAUACUUAAAAACCCCUAAUAUGAAAGAUCUUCACUUUUAUUCAGAACAUCCAAUAUAAAUGAUCUUUUAUCUAAGACAGCCUUAAUUAAAACAUGAUAUUAUCUGUGUAGUGUGGGGAUGAGAGAACUUCACAAUUGUGGGAUUUAAUUUGUUGUUGUUUUUUUUACUAGAGUCCUGAGAUCAAUCAAAGCCAAGUAUAAAAGGCAUAUAUUUAGAAAUAAAGCAAAUUUUGGGACACAAUUCUUUUCAUAAUCAGAAUCAAACUUAGCCCUUCCAAAUAAAGAUCGCUUCCUAAUUAUCCCAUCUCUUCUUCAUUUCAGUGGAGAGAGUUGUUUUGAGACUGUCCAAUUAGUGACUGGCAAAACAUUCUAUUUAAAACCACAUUGAUAUUCUCUUUCUUCAGAACCUCAAAUUGGAUUCCAAUAAGAUACUUUGGAACAUACAUGCAGUUGUUGCAUGAUCCCAGGAAAAGGCACAACUGCUUUAAAGACUUGCAGACAAGUUCUACAUUCUGUCUGCUCUGGAAGCACUUUUUAAAAAUCAAAUCCAAAAUACUACAUAUUCCUAUUAUCCCAGCUUCUGUCCUAUUGUAGAUAAGCCCAUCACUCAAAUUCAAGAUAACAUUAUUUAUGUCUGGAGGAUCCUGCCCUUUUUUUUUUUUGGCUUGCUUCUGUCUGACUCAGUUUAGCAACAGGAACAAGUAUUCUGGCUUGUGUUCUUUUUUUGCUUGUUCAAAACUAAGGCUCCACUCCUAAAUGAUUUGGGAGAAAGUCCACUAAAUUUAUUUGUCAAUAGAUAUGUAUAGAAUUGUACUAGUGGGUAUUUAUACGCUUAGGGUCACUUCCCUGUGCAUUUACCUGCACCCAAGUACCAUUAAAAAUAUGAAAUCUGGAUUCAAAGUAAAGCACAUAGAUUCUCGAACUUUCAUAAAUUUUGCUAAAAUAAUUUUACAUGCUAAGUGCGAAAGGAGGCAGGUUAUAUUAAAGCACAAGAAUUAGUUUAGGUUUAAUAAGUUGGUAUGCUUGGCAUAUAUUUUUGCAUUUCCUAAAAUUUCGGUUUUUUCCAACUCUCCCUCCCAUAAGCCCCCUCUUUUAAAUAGCUUUGUUAUUAUUAAAAACAAAUUCUUUUCUUUUCACUAUUAGACAUUUUACAUGUCCAUUCAUUCCUUUGCACUAGUUUGGCUUCUUUUCUUGUGGGAAAUACAGUCUUGGAGUCAAGCACAAGGAAAUUUAGAUAACGGAAGUGUUGCAGAAGAAACCAGGUAGUGGGAACCAGAUGCUGGAUGCCUUGCAAAUAUCUCCCUCAGCUCAUUUUGCAUAUUGGAAGCAUCAGGGGUUUUGUUGCCAAAACCUGGUUUCAGUCCGUUAGAAGGAAUCCUGUGGUUUUCUGUUGUUCAUAGCAUUCAGAUUUUUUUUAAAAAAGAGCUGUAGGCAACUGCAGCAGUAUAUUAUUCUUUCCAUGAUGUUUUAAAUUGUCUUUCUGACAGGGAAGUGUUGAAUUAAUAUUAAUUUCAAUUGUUUCAGCUUUUCCCUAUAAUAGCUCUGCAUUAUACCUUUGAAAAACAAUUUGUCAUUUGAAAUUAAUUGGAAAGCUUUGCUGGAUUAGCUGGGGUUUGGCGAUUUUUCAUGGAGCUCAGGCACUAGUACCUGGUGCUCAGAUUGAAAUAAUCUAAGCAAAGCAAUACUUUAGAAGAAAACUGUACUUGUCACUUGUGCUUUUUCUGACUACCUUUUAAAUCCUGUUCAUACAUUUUACAUAAAUAGCUAAAAAUAUAUAGCAAUAUACAUUUCCUUCAGACAAAAGAAUAGGGCUAUGUAGCACUUUUGGAUUUGAUCUCCAGAAGGUUUUUGGAACAUACACUAGUGCUGGUGUAGCUCCUGUCUGCAACAUCUUAAACAGCUGCAUCUUUUUCCUGGGCAUAGAUCACCUGGCUGCCCUCUGCCAUGCAAUCCUGGGAGAAGACACAACUGAUUUAAGGUACUAUGGGGAGAUCUGAACAUUGUACUCCUGUGUACACCAGAGCACUUCUUGGAGUUUGGAUCCAAAAUAUUGCACAGCCGUACCGAAGAAUAUAAAAAGAAAGUGGCUAGUGUAUCAGGGAGCCAAACUGGCCACAGUUUCUGGAUAUGCACACGUUGGUUGAUUUCAUUAUGUUUUAUAAACCCAUUCAAGAGACUUUCCAGUCAGGUUUUUGACUUCUGUCUUUUCAAUUCAAACUUCUUUAUUUGAGGUGUUGUUUUAUCUGUUUUAUUCUAUACCAUUCAAGUGUGUAGCAAAACCUGAUGGAUCUAAUAAGGAAUGUUAAUAUUUCUUGCUAAGUCCAGUAUAGUUUCUAAACUUGCUGUUAUUUCUCUCUCUAGCUAAUUCUUUAGACAUUUUCAAUGCUUUGUGGAACAGACAUACUGGUACAGAAAGUUCCUACUUCGUACUGUUGUGAGUUUAUCUUGGUGCUGGUUUUCUUGAUAGCAUAACUUGCUAUUUUACUUUUUUGUCUCGGUCUUUAGUUUUCAAACCUUUUUCUUUCUUCUUCCAAAUAGCUACCACACAUUACAAUUUAAAGCUUACUCUAUGGCACCUUCUUUCUUUGUGCAACUCUCAUGUUGAUCUUGGUCCCCAAACCAAUGCCUUAUAAGGAGAAGGGUUUUUUCCCCUGUAAUUUUAACUGCAACCACUUCCUGAAAUCCAGUAGGGGUAGCUUACCUCAGAUAUUCUGGCUUCUGAACAAAUCCUACACAAAGAAAUGUGAAGGUUAAAAUCUGUAAUCAGAGUUUGUAUUAGAUACACUGCUCUGCCCAAUAGACUGAAACAUCAGAAGGGGAUUGUUCUAAAUUAAUUCACCGAUGAAGUCAAAUUGUGGUUAAAUUGUAAGUUUAAAAAUCAGGCCUGCUGUAAGGCAUACUUCACUGGGGUUAAUGCAGUGGUGACAACCUCUUUGCAAUCAAGAGCUACAUUCUUUCAUGAGAAAGUUGUCAGGGGCCCCAUCUGGCUGGGGUGAUGCCAAAUUCCAAAGUGGUGGAAAUGGCCUUUUCUGUCACCUUUUGUCAUUUUCCUUUUAAUAUUUGCUUUUCCCUUUUAUUAUCACCUCUUCACACACUACCCAUCUAUUCAUUGAAACAGAAACAUGCACACAAAUACAGACCUGGUAAUGUGUAAUUUAUCCAUCUGUCCAUUCAACUCUUCCAAUUAUCCUCUUUAUCUCACACAUUCACACUUCUGCUAAUAUCAGCCUCCAUUGGUCCAUCAUAUCAGUGAUUGAUUGGAUAUCUCCACUGUCCUUUUUGAAGAAGGGCUAGGCAAGCAUAGGAUUUGAAAACAUGCCUGCCAGCUCUUUUUCUUGCAGUGGUAGCAGUGCAUUGAGGGGCAUAGUGUGAAGGUCCAGAAGGGGUUAGAAGCAAAACCAUAAGAGGGCAGCACCAGCAACAUUAUUCCAUGGGUUGUUAUUUCAGUUAUUGUUCUCUGUGGUUGAGAUACACAUGUGCUGGCCUGCUCUUCUUUUUCUCUGGCAGUAGCAUGAAGGCCUGCACAAUGAUGUGGGAUGCAUAGAGGGAGACUGAAAUCCACAUAUAGACUAGUUAAUGCCACCGUGUUGAAAAUUAAAUUACACUUCUUCAAUCUGAUGUAGUCCCAGUACAUCUGGAGAGCAACGCUCUAAAUUCCCAACCACUAUCCCAACCAGGUGAUAGUUGUCCCAGCACACUUGGAGCCAUCAGGUUGGGGAAGGCUGCUAUGAACAAAUGUAAGCAAUAGUACUUACUGAAGCUGCCAGUGUAAUCAGCGCAUAUUUGGAAAAUUGACACAAUAGGACAUGUAUGUAUAUAUGUAUGUAUGUAUAUUGCAGCAGAGGAUAUUCCCUGAGGUACCAUUAAUGGUGUGCAAUAGUUGCUUGCAGCAGUCAUCAGCCCAUUUUUUUUUUAAUUUGUGACAGAUCUUGCAUUGCUUCAGCAUGGAUAUUUCUUUAAAUCUGAAAAAUCUAGGUGAUUAAUUAAUCUUAGUUUGAUUAAUUAAUCAGCUAAACUAUUGAUCAGUGAGAGCUACCUUUAAUGAGGCAUAAAUCAAUUCAUGCAGGGAGUUAGAUUGCUUAAUUUUGAAGCUAUUUCGCUCUAGAAUGUUCUUGAAAAAGAAUAAAAAAUUUAAAAUAGUUGUGAACUGUUUAUUAAAUUGUAGAGUACUGUGGAUUGCCUUUAAUAUCCCAAAUGCAAUUAUACUGAGGUGUUAACAAGGCAGAAAUUAAGAAUGUCUUAAUUGAUUUCAUAGAUUAAUUGGUCUAAAAGUGGCAAUCCAUUAAUUGUUGAUUGUUCUGUUUACAAGAGCUAUGAAGUGCAUCUUGAUUUAACACCUUUCCAUGUUUUGACACUUACCCUGAUUCUUAAACAUUGGCAACAAUAGCAAAGGAUUGUUCACACAAACUGCAAAUGUGAUUCUUGGAGAAAUCAUAUAAUAUGUGGUUUUCAAAUCUCAGAUUUUCAGAUAACUUUUUCCAUGUUGAUUUUUUGUUUGUGGUUUGCCAAGAAGUCACUGUGUUGCAGAAAAUUUGGGAAUGUGGCAUCCUUAAUUCAUAUGAGCUACUGGCCACCCCAUAGAUGUUGGUAUGGCUGAAGGUGAUUUACACAUUCUGCUAAGUCAUAGCAUGGUUUCUUUGGUUUGGGAUUAGCAUGUGUGAAUUCAGCCACUCUGGUUUGCACACCAUGGUUUAAGAAUUAUUGUGAUGUUUGAGACCAGCCAAUUAUGAUUUGUUAAAAAAAGGUUAUGCAAACCACAAUAUAACACAAUGUGUAUCUGGUAUGUCUGAUAAUAUAACCAGAUCUUAAAUGGAAAUAUAUAUUGCAGGCAAGGAUUUGUAACAGUAAGCAAGCUUCGUAAUAGGAAACUUGUCUGUCCUUUUUGCUCUUCUCAUUGUGAAACUCCUAAAAAGCUUCCAAUAUUUUCCUGAAACUGUGAUAACCAUUAGCCUUAUGUAGGCAUUCAUUAAAGUAAGGUUAAAAGGUGAUUUUGGUUUAACAAGGAUUCUAAUGUCACCUCCCUACUAGCCUUAAAUAUACAGAAUAAUUUGAAAAAUAAAGCGGAGAUACUAGAAUAUACAUUUGAAGAAGCUAAAUUGCCAGGCCAACUUUUAAAUAUGAAAUGAUGAUUAAAGAAUAACUCGACUGGUGAUGGGUAUGAGCUUUUUAACCCACCUGGAGCUAUUUGGAUGGUUGAAAGAACCCACUGAAAAUCAGCAAUUCAGAUUAACCAUUUCCACAAACUGGGUGAUGAAAUUUUGACCACAAACAGUUUAGAGAGAAAUGUUAUAAUUGGUGAUGGCAAUGAGCAAGAAGUCUUCCUUCAUUAUUCUGUUGAUAAAAGAAUGUAAUUAGUAAUGUUGAAUGUAAAAUACAUUUGUAAUUUUUUUUAAUGAGCUAUAUUAUUGGGAAAAAUUACUUGAGGAUUUUUUUUUUAAAGGUACAUCUUGUACUUGGUCUGCCAGUAUACAAUCAUGAUUUUUAUUUUACUGAUCUAGGCUGUACAUUUUAAGUAACAUUCCAUUUGUUUAAAAUAUGUACAUGUUAAUAAAUUUUUGAAGCAUACUUUCCUUUAUGACUGGAUAUCUUUUUGAGUUUUGUUUAAACAUAAACAGGAAAC